CGAGAACAAGGAAGGACUAGGCCAUUUUUUUGUAUUAUUGCUCCUUGCUCUUUACUUUUAAUAACGUACACAUAUAUCUUUUAUUUCCUAUUUCCUAUUUCUUAUUUCCUACUUCCAUUUUUAUAUUCAUGUUUAUCCAAAUGGUGACGCCACUCGCUUGCCAACACAGGGCAGCCGCUCGACAGAUCACUCGUCUGGCCAAACGACUGUACUCGUCAGCCGCCGAGAUCAACAGCUUUGAGCCAGUGCGAGGGAUGGACCUUGGCGUGGCCCACAGCAAGCUUCUCCUGCGCUCUGUGGCCUCCGUACAGGCGAGCAGCGAGCUCCAGUCGCUCGGAGUUGCCGACGGCGACACUAAGAAAAUGAACAUGUGCCAGGCGAUCAACGACGCAAUGCGUCAUGCGCUCUCGGCAGACAACACAUCGGUGGUUUUCGGCGAAGACGUGGCCUUUGGAGGCGUGUUCCGGUGCUCCGUCGGACUGGCUGAUGAGUUUGGCAGAGAGCGGAUAUUCAACACGCCGCUGACCGAGCAAGGAAUAGCCGGGUUUGCCAUCGGCAUGGCGGCAAUGGGCCACACAGCGAUAGCCGAAAUACAGUUUGCCGACUAUAUUUUCCCGGCCUUUGACCAGAUUGUCAACGAGGCUGCAAAGUACCGGUACCGCUCGGGCAACCAGUUCAAUGUGGGCGGGCUCACAAUCCGCACGCCCUGCUCGGCCGUCGGCCACGGCGCCCUCUACCACUCACAGAGUCCCGAGGCGUUCUUUGCCCAUGUUCCCGGGCUCAAAGUCAUAAUGCCUCGGUCACCGAUCCAGGCCAAGGGCCUGCUUCUGGCGGCCAUCCGCGACCCCAAUCCGACCAUUUUCUUCGAGCCCAAGAUCCUGUACCGAUCGGCUGUUGAGCAAGUGCCCGUCGACGACUACAUGCUGCCUCUGUCAAAGGCCGAGAUACUCAAGCCGGGCAAGGACGUCACUGUUGUCGGAUACGGCAGCCAAAUAUACGCACUGGAGAACGCCAUUCAGAUGAUCGAGCGCGACAUGCCCGGCGUCACCUGCGAGCUCAUCGAUCUGCGCACAAUACUGCCGUAUGAUGCCGAAACUGUCAUAAACUCGGUCAACAAAACCGGCCGCUUGGUGGUCGCACACGAGGCGCCACGCACACAGGGUUUUGCUGCGGAGCUGGCGGCCGAGAUCCAGGAGAGAUGCUUUUUGAGGCUCGAGAGCCCUGUCCAGCGUGUUUGUGGCUUGUUUGUACCACACCCGCUGGUUUUUGAGAGAUUCUACAUGCCCUGCGCUGUGCGCACGUACGAGGCUAUCAAGAACUCGCUUUCCUACUGAUAAACAUUUUUCAAUGUCCGUACAACAACAACAACAACAAAAUAUAAACAAAAUAAUGCU